CUCUGUGUGUGCCGGGUCAGGAUGGAAAGGCUUACAGAGGCAGGCAGGGGAGGAAACAUGUCAUGAGAGGUGAUGACACAGCCACGGAGACAGAUCCACAUCCUCACUGAGUCCCCAGUCCGCCGCUCGCCGCUGCUCCUCCUGCUCCUCCAGAGGAGAGAGAGCCAAAGAUAGCCUCCAUUCUCCCCUCACCUCUCUCUCUCUUCCUCUCUUUUUCACUUUGUUUGUGGAUGAUGGGAUUUUAAUCAUGUGGAAGACAGCUGAGCGGCUCUUCUGGAUUUCGCUGACGCUGCGCCCGGUCCCGCCUGGCCUCCUCUGAGCAGGAUGGACACUCUGGAGUCAGAGCUGACCUGCCCAAUCUGCCUGGAGCUCUUUGAAGACCCUCUGCUGCUCCCCUGCGCCCACAGUCUUUGUUUCGGCUGCGCCCACCGCAUCCUCAUCUCCCACUGCGCCACCAACGAAUCCGUUCAGAGCAUCGGCGCCUUCCAGUGCCCCACCUGCAGAUAUGUCAUCUCCCUGAGUCCUGAACGCGGACUAGAAGGACUCAAGAGAAACGUGACAUUACAGAAUAUAAUCGAUAGAGUUCAGCGGGCCUCGUCUUCAUCGGGGGUCCCUCUUCCUCUUCCUCUGCCGCUGCCUGCGCCCCUCAGCGGGCCAAACUCUCCCGGCGAGGAAGGGAGCAACCGGCUGGCGCUGGUCCCAGUCAGCGCCGCCAUGUCCAGCCCGGGAACGCCCCCCGAGCCGGUCCAGUGCCAGUUCUGCGAGCAGGACCCGCCGCAGGACGCGGUGAAGACGUGCGUGACGUGCGAGGUGUCGUACUGCGAGGAGUGCCUCAGGGCCACGCACCCCAACAAGAAGCCGUUCACCGGACACCGGCUCAUCGAGCCCAUGCCCGACUCCCACCUCAGGGGGCUCCAGUGCCUGGAGCACGAGGAGGAGAAGGUGAACAUGUACUGUGUGACUGACGACCAGCUCAUCUGCUCACUGUGCAAACUGGUAGGAAGGCACAGGGACCACCAGGUGGCAGCACUGAGCGACCGCUACGAGAAACUCAGGCAAGCCCUGGACUCCAACCUGAGCAGUUUAAUCAAGAGGAACAACGAGCUGGAGUCUCUUAUGGGGAAACUGAUCCAGACUUGUCAACAUGUAGAGGUGAACGCGUCCCGCCAGGAGGGGAAGCUCCUGGAGGAGUGUGAUGUCCUGAUCGACAUCAUCCAGCAGAGGAGGCAGAUCAUCGGAAACAAGAUCAAGGAGGGGAAGGCUCAACGGAUUCGUAAACUGGCCCAGCAGAUCACAAACUGUAAGCAGUGCAUCGAGAGGUCCAGCGCCCUGAUCACGCAGGCCGACCAGACGCUGAAGGAGAGCGACCACGCUCGCUUCCUGCAGACCGCCAAGAGCAUCAACGAGAGGGUUUCCAUGGCGUCUGCAUCAACCCAAGUGCUGAUCCCUGAGAUCAACCUAACGGACACCUUCGACACUGUGGCUCUGGACUUCACCAGGGAGAAGAAGCUGCUGGAGAACCUGGAUUACCUGACAGCUCCAAGUGCUCCGUGCAUAAGAGAAGAGUUGUGCACAGCUUCCUACGACACCAUCUCCGUCCACUGGACGUCUGACGAUGAGUUCACUGUCGUUUCCUACGAGCUGCAGUACGCCAUCUUCACCGGACAGUCCAACAUAGCCAGUCUGUGUAACUCAUUGGACAGCUGGAUGAUCGUCCCCAACAUCAAGCAGAACCACUACACGGUGCACGGCCUGCAGAGCGGAACCAAGUACAUCUUUGUUGUUAAAGCCAUCAACCAGGCGGGAAGCAGGAGCAGCGAACCAGGGACCCUCAAGACUAACAGCCAGCCGUUCAAGCUGGACCCUAAAUCUGCCCACAAGAAGCUGAAGGUUUCCCACGACAACCUGACGGUGGAACGGGACGAAACCACGUCGAAGAAAGGCCACAGCCAGGACCGCUUCACCAGCCAGAACAGCUACGGCGUGGUGGGGAACGUCUACAUCGACAGCGGGCGCCACUACUGGGAGGCGCUCAUCGGAGGGAGCACAUGGUACGCUGUGGGCAUCGCCUACAAAUCAGCUCCCAAACACGAGUGGAUCGGUAAGAACUCGGCCUCCUGGGUUCUGUGCCGCUGCAACAACUCGUGGGUGGUUCGCCACAACAGCAAAGAGCUGGCCAUCGAGCCGUCGCCCCACCUGCGCCGCGUCGGCGUCCUCCUGGACUACGACGCCGGCUACGUCACCUUCUACGACGCCGUGGGCUCACAGCACCUGCACACCUUCCACAUCUCCUUCGUCCAGCCCGUGUGUCCCGUCUUUAAUGUGUGGAAUAAGUGUCUGACGAUACUCACUGGUUUACCCAUCCCCGACCACCUCGAGGGCCUGGAGCCCGAAAACUAAAAACUACAGACAGACCAGAACUAAUCAGCACAACAGAGUCUUAAUUACCUUAAAGCUGCACUGGGUGAGCUUUGUGGAAGUCUUUUUGGAAAGUAAAAAAGGGAGUUUCAUCCAUUUUAAUUCACAUGGAUGUGCUCCAUUUACCUAAAACCAAUUCUGUCCAUCUUUGCAGAGGAAGUGACAAAAUAACUCCUAAUUGGUCCUUUAACCCUUUGAUGCACAACAUGGGUAACAUUCAUUCCCCAUGUUAUUUAAUGCUGCUGUGUUUUUUUUUGAUAACUUAUUUAAUGAUUUAAUAUUCCACAUAUUCUUUAAAUAUCUUGUUUUUCAUAACAGCAGAUCAUUAUUUCCAUUUUGCUUCUCAUACUCUAUGAAGAAAUAAAGUUAUUGUAUUAUUACAUAGCUAACUUCUUAGCC